AUGGGGGAUCUUUGGCAGCGGCUUUUGGCCGCCGCGAUGGGGAUUAUCGUCUGCCAGGACCGCGCGCUGAGCGGGUGCUGCUCGGUGAUUUACCCGAUUCUCGAAACUCACCCGCCUUUUUGGUAUGCAUUUAUUGAGAACUUCGUGGAGGGGUACCCGAAGCAUAAGCAUCCAGCGAUCCGAGAGGCGUUAUCGCUCCUCACCAACGCCUCUGAAUCGUAUGAGAAGUUUUUUUUUGAGGUCUUCACAUUUCGUCAAAUGAUGCGUGCUCUCUAA